AUGGACCCGCCGAGCGCGCCUCAGGUGGUCGGCACAGCCCACCCUGAGGACGCGCCGGACGAAUUCUGGACGGCCGAUAAUCUGUGGGCGCGCAUCUGCGACGGCAAGUCCUUUGUGCACGAACAGGACCGCGUGAGCCCAUGGUACCUGGCGUCGAACCCGAUUGGCACGCAAAUGGCGAACCUGGUGUGCGCCAUUGACCCGCUGUGCCAGCUGUUUGUAGCCAAGAUCGCCGAUAGCCACUACGGCUACUCGGCGGCACGCGCGGCGGAAGCGGUGAACUGGGCCGUGGAUAGGGGUGUGGACAUUAUCUCGAUGAGCUUCACAACGACCGAGGACUACAAGCCGUUCAAGGAAGCCGUGCAGAAGACCAUGAAUGCCGGUAUCCUCAUAGUCUGCAGCCAUCACGACAACGGCGCCCGUAUCGGCACGCAGGUCUUCCCCGCCUGCUUUAACAGCAACGACAGCAGCAACACGAUGCUGCGCAUGGCCAGCUGCAACAUGUACGGCAAGUUGCAGCAUGACUGGGACGAUAACACCACCGACAACGCCAGCAAGAAGAACCAUCAGCACGGCUUCUGCAUUAACAGCCAGGACAUCGCCGUCGGCGCCAUCCCCUUCCUUGCCGCGUCCACUGAGCGCAUCAGUGGCAGCUCCGUUGCCACCGCCAUCGCUGCUGGCGUCUGCAGCCUGCUCAUCGCGUGCCUGCGCACCCUUCACGGACUUUCCAAGGAGGAAGUUGACGGAAAUGUCCCUCGCGGCCAGGCCAUCAUCCGCAUACGCGAGAACGUCGCCGGCGCUCUCGGUACCUGCAAUCGGCCCACCUAUAAGAACAUCCGUACUAUGGUCCCGUCAACAACCAAUCCGCAGUUCAUCUCCCUUGACCGCUUUGCCCGCCUUGAGGAGCUCCGCAACGUCAACAACUCGAGCCUCUCGCAAGAGUUCAAUGCCUUGGGCGCCGAAUUGCCGGGGAAAUCAGAAUUCGGUUUUCGUGAUGGAUCUAAUGACAGGUCGUUCCAGCGCAUUUCAGGACUCCUUUUGCCAUUCCAUUCGUCCAUCAUCGGGGCGUCGUCGCUUCUGAGCAUGGUGAUCGUCAUCGUCAUCGUCGGAGUUCGGGUCGCGCGCUCGUUUUGUACCGCAAGGCAUCAUAGCUUGGGAAAUACGCUGCUGGAAUGUUGCGUAUGGUUCGUAUUCGACUGUCCUGGCUUGGACCUGGAAUGCAGCAGAGGGCGCUGGACGACGGCGAGGAUGUGCGAGCUUGUCGAGGAAGGAGUUCGGGAUUUCGGCCGUGUAGAUGGUUAUUCGAGACUUGUUGUCGACAUCGCUAAGCAGCACGUGAACCUGUGA